AUGUGGUUUUACAAUAAUGUUUGGGUUGCUACUAAACCAUCAAGAGGAUCAGCCACUGUUCUCAAUUCACAGUAUCAGGUAUCAGGGGAUGCAACACUUAGAAUAUCAAAUGUUCAGACAAAGGACAAUGGUGAUUUUGAUUGUCAAGUGGUUUUCACUUCUGGUGUUCCUCCUGUGAUUCAGGAUAGGGCUAAACUAGUAGUUGUUGUGCGCCCAACAAUUACACUCAAAAUUACAACAGCUCCAACUUUGGAUGAAGGUGCUACAAGAACAUUGUUUUGUGUGGCCAGUGGCAACCCCAAACCCACUUACAGGUGGUAUAAAGAUAAUGUAAAGAUUCUGGAAGAUCAAAAUAACUCCAACUACACAAUAACAUCAGCCAGCAGGAAUGAUGCAGGGACGUACAGAUGUGAAGCUGUUAUUAAUGUUCCAACUCUUGGCCAGUACAGUGACUCUUACACUGUUCAGGUUACAGUUAGAUUCCGUCCUGUGCACAAAACAAACAGUUUGAGCAGUAAUCAAACUGUCGUGGAAGGUCGUACUGCCACAUUUCUUUGUCUCACUGAAGCAUUUCCCACUGCAACCGCAUACAAAUGGUUUAAGGAUGGCAUUGAGAUAACCAAUUCACAAGAUUUUGAAACUUUGAAAAUUAGCAAUACACAAAGCAGACUGAGGAUCAAGAAUGCUAAGAAGGGAAGUGCUGGGCAAUACUCAUGUGAUGGUACAAAUGCAGUUGGAACUGGAGAUAGAAAAUCUGCUUUCUUAUUGGUCAACUAUCCACCAACAAUCACCUUCUAUCAAAGAGCAUUCACAGUUAAUGAAACAAACGAUGUUACAUUGACAUGUCGUGCAAAGGGAGUGCCUCAGCCAACAAUUACUUGGAGAAAGAUAGAAGAUGAAUUAAACUGCUUGGGUGAGCACUGCAUCAUACGCAACAUAAGUGGCAAGAAUGAUGGAACCUACAGAUGUGUUGCUAGAAAUGAACUUGGCGAGGAUUGGAAAGAAAUCACUCUUAAUGUCCAGAGAAACCCUUGUGUUGUGGAAUGUACCAAUGGAAAAACCUGUAGAGAAUUUGGAAAGCACUUUUGCCUCUAUCCCAAGGGGAAAAAAGGAAAAGAUUGCAAAGAAAAUGACGCAGUGGCAAUUGUUAUCAUGAUCAGCCUUAAAAUUAACAAUAAAAAGUGGACAGAGGAACUUACAGACUUUUCUGACCUAGAUACACAACUGUUUGUUGAAAUAAUAAUACGUUCGGUGGAUGAAGAAUUCAAAGGUUCUGGCGUCAGAGAAAUCAAUGUAACGCAGCUGAGAGAGGGAAGUGUUAUCGCAGACAUAUCGCUCACUUUUGACGAGCCUGUUGGAGAAAAUGAAGUAGAAUCAUUGCUUCUAGAUACAAUUAAGGAUGGAAGCCUAGGUACCCUAAAAGUAGAUACCUUUUCCGUAGGAUCAACUAUUUCAGAUUUAGUUACUGUUCCUGGUCCAGUCCCAUCUGAACCAGCAAAGGUGAAUAAGGAUGCUAUUUAUGGCUCAGUUAUUGGGGUCCUUGCCUUUAUGUUCGCUGUUGCUAUUAUUUUGAUUGCCUGGAAACGCCGCAAACGUGAAAAAGAUAAUCGACCUAAUACAGUCCUUAAGGAGUCACGUACGCCUCACGUGAAAUACGAGACAUCUUCCUUACUCGUAGCCAAUCCGUAUGGGGACAAAAUAGGCCAGACUAAGUGUGAAUCUCUUUUCGCUGGAAAACAGAACGAGGGAAUUGAACUGGAAAGUAGCAAUGGGAACCUUAGCACCGUGGUGCAUCAUGCUCCCGGAAAUUACAUGGACUUGAAUGAAGUUAGACCACUGAAUGAUCCUGCCACGGACCCAGAGCGAAGUUAUUUAGAAAUAAACGAAUAUGCACCCCUGCACCCAGGAACGCGCUCAUGGGAAGUGGAAAGAGAAAAUGUAACAUUUGAAAAGAUUAUUGGAAAAGGUGCCUUUGGUCAAGUCGCCCAGGGAAAAGCUUCAAACCUUCGAGGAAGAAAGGAGACAAUUACAGUUGCCAUAAAAAUGCUGAAAGGUAACGCUACAGACAUAGAGAGGAAAGAUUUGCUGUCAGAGCUUGAAGUCCUGAAGAAACUAAGGCCUCAUCCACACGUUAUCAAGUUGCAGGGUUGUGUAACUGAAUCAGAUCCUUUGCUUGUACUUAUCGAAUAUGUCCCGUAUGGAGAUCUCCUGGGCUAUUUGAGAAAGAGCCGACAUUUAGAAGAUAACUACUUCAAGGACCCGGAUAUUAAGCCUCAGACGAGUUUGACUUCCCAGCAGCUAAUGAAGUUUUCCUGGCAAGUGGCUGAUGGUAUGCAUUAUUUGUCCUCAAAAAAUAUUAUUCACCGCGACCUUGCAGCCCGGAACGUCUUGGUUGGAGAGCAAGAACGAUGUAAGGUAACCGAUUUUGGAAUGGCAAGGGACGUAUGCCAGGAAAACAUCUACGAAAAGAAAUCAAAGGGAAGACUGCCAGUAAAAUGGACAGCUUGCGAAGCGCUGUUAUACGGACGAUAUACGACGAAAAGUGAUGUAUGUAGUUUUGGAAUUGUGCUUUACGAAAUCUUCACGAUAGGUGGCUCUCCAUAUCCAAAGAUUGACGGAAGAAAAAUGGCAGAUUUACUGACUCAGGGUUACAGGAUGCCUAAACCACGACACGUGGACGAUACCCUUUACAAGAUUAUGCAAGACUGCUGGCAAGAGAACCCAGAUGAUCGCCCAAUUUUUGAGAAUCUUAGGAAUGAUUUGAAGGAAAUGGAAAAUCAACAUCAGAGGCUCAUCAACAUGCAACAUUAUGACAACAUCCUUUACGCAAGCAUGGAUUAGGCUCUUGUUCAAGAAUUGUGGAAACAACUCUUAUCAUAAUAGGCGGAAACCGUCUCUUCCACACACCCCAAACAAUAGAAAUUUUAAAACUAGAUGUGUCCUGAUGCUAAAUCCAGUCCCUUUUAUAAUGCAGCUAACAACCAAGGGAAGUACCCUGCCCAUAAAGCGACGUAAAAGUCGGAGUAAAGUGAUCCGUUGUUGCUAAUUACCAUGUAGUUUAAUUGGUAUUUGGUAUAGAAAUCAAGGUGAACCAUUAUCUAUUAUAUCAAUAUUUAGUCAAUAGCUAUUAGAAUGAUUAAAUUAGGAUAACUGCGCACUUUAAGCGUUGUUCAGCCCACUUUAUUGAAUGUUGCACUCGAAAAUAAGGUUUUGGUUAAAUGUUAGAUGUUAUUGCUGACACACUUUAGAAACUUUAGCUGAGGAAGCGCUGGAGAAAUUGUUUUCGUUAUUGCAUUCUGUGAGCUAAUGGACAUUUGAAGUUUGGAAUGAGCCUGCAUUUUGAUAUAUAAGCGAGUAGCUUAAAUGCGUCCUUGAAUAAAAACUGCAACCACAA